AAGUUCGUUUAUUUGUGUCGGAGAUUUCUUAUCCCCCUCUCUCUCUAACAAACUUCCUCAAAGCAAUAAACUUUUAUUUUCUCUUCUUCUUCUCAGCUUUCUCUCUCUAGAAUCAAAAAUAAAAAUCAGAUCUUCAAAAAACAUUCUUUUCUUUCUCUCUUCUUCCUUUCUGUUUAAGAGUGUGGCCCAGUAGAUCGAAGUCUUCUGCCCUUUUCUUCUUCAAUAUGAAUAUAUGAUGACAAUCUAAGCUCUUUUAAACUCUGGGUUGUUGUAAAGCUUCUUAAUCUGGGAAAGUUUGGGAGCUUUGAAUCAUCGCCACGAAAAUUUAGCAGCUAAAUCCAUGGGAGAAUCUUGAUGGAGAAGUGAUUAGAGGAUGUGUGUCUGAGGAAUGGGAACAGAAGUUGGGUCUAAAAGCUAUUUGCCAGGAUUUUACUCAAUGAGGGAUCUCAACAAGGAUUCUAAUUGUUGUAGCUGGCCGCUUUAUUAUGGAGAUAAAACCUUGAAAAAUGAUCAAUACUACAAUAGCUUUUUGCCGAAGGCCAUAGCAGAUUCAUAUCCUCAACAUGAUAAGGACCGAUUGAAGAGAAAAAUGCUUGAACAUGAGGCUUUAUUUCAGAAUCAGGUAUCUGAGCUUCAUCGUCUGUACAGAAUACAGACGGAUUUGAUGGAUGAAGUAAAAAAUAAAGAAUUACAGAAAAAUCAGAUUCCUAUUGAACCAUCAUUACCAUCAAGCUUGUUAGUGUCGCAAAUUAAAACUGAAGUUGCUCACAACUGGCAUAUCCCCAACUUCUCUGUGGCAAACUCUGUCUGUGGUAGACCAUCAAUUUCCGGUGUUGAAGAUGCUCAUUCUCCGCUUAGUUCCGUGAAGGGAAGCUGCAUCCAAGCUGGUCGCUUUUUGUCCCUAAAUGGAGUGAAUUCCAAGGAUGUUGAGAUGCUAGAGCGCAGGCCAAUGAAAGUGGGAAGGAAAAUGUUUGAUCUUCAACUUCCGGCAGAUAAGUACAUGGAUACGGAAGAAGCUGAAGAGUUCCAGGAUGACACAAAAUCUGACACUUCAAGUUAUCUUCCAAAUGGAAAUGGGAGAAUUGGGCCUGAAAGUGGUAGUAAGCGAUAUCAUAGUGAUGUUGGUUGCCAAGGAGAUGCUUCGAGAUCUGAUGCAUGUUUGAGGGGCAAAAAUAGUUUGGCUAACUUGAAUGAGCCAGUACGGAUUGAAGAAACCGACACUUCCACUUAUUCUCACUUUGUUGGCCAUGAUAAUCGGUCCAUAACUGAUAUACGUGUUGGAAACAACGAGCUUGCUAGAGGAUUCUUUUCCUGUAUGCGUGAAGCUGGGCACAGUAGAAGCAUCUCGACAUUUAUUUCACAAUGUUUCCAGCCACAGAAGUCUGUAUCGCACCAGCAAGCACAUGUUCUUUUUGACAAAGCUCAUGAUCCACCAACGUUUUCACUAACUGAUCAAAGCAAGGCAGAUCACUCAAGAGAAAGAAUGCUUCACACUUUAGAUGUUUCCAGAAGAAAUUGUGAAAUUUCCGGUAACCACAAUCCAGCAUCAAACAUGGCUUCUAAUGUUCCUAGUUUGAGUCUAUUUGCUUCUUCUGAUCCUGUAAAUCCGUGGUCUCAUUCCGUUUCUUCUUUGGAAAAGCCUACCAGUAGCUUAAACCAGAAGUCCAUGUCAGUUCAGACUCGCCCAUCUUUUAAUUCAUCUGGUCCUUAUAGUAAGAGUUCUGUACUAUCACCCCAUAGUAAUGGGAAUUUUGGAGAGAAGUGGUCGGUGAGUAGCAAUUCAAGACUAAACCCAGGUUUUGGAAGAGAAUCUCCCAAUCGAAACGGUUUUCAUUAUGGAUCUUCGUCAGGAUCCAAGGAACUUGCAAUGCACUUCCUCUCAACCAAUUAUGAUUAUGCGAAUGGUAGUACUGUUGGUACGGGGGUCUUUGAGCAAUUCUCCGCUCAUUGUUCAACUAAGCCAUACAACUGCUCGAAUGAUGCUGAUAUGAAGUCUACAAAUGUCAAUUUGAAUGUGGUGCUUUCAAACAGUUCAUCGAAUGAGCCGGUUUCACUACAAGGUCCUCAAAUAGAUGGAGGAAGAAAGCAUGAAGACCGUUUACUGGGGUUGCCGUGGGUAAGGGCCAAUCCUGCUUGUAAGAAUGAGGCCAUAAGGACAGGAAUGGAUUUGAAUGUUGGAGAGUUGAGCUUCUCUCUAUCUUCUCUACGGCAAUCAACCAAAAGAGACGAAUUUGGAAAUGGAUUCGGUCAAAUUUUUACACAGAAUUUGAAGUCUAUUUCACCCUCCAAUAGUGUCGAUGCUAGCAGGAGUGAAAUAAGUGAAUGUCUGCGCAAUAAAAAGAUUCACGAGAUUCCCAUUUUUGAAAAACCUUAUGUUUCUAAGAAUGAGUCUUCUUUUAUCUCCCCGUAUGUAUCUGCUCCUCAGCCAUCUGAAGGUGAAGCGGAAAAUAAGCAGAGAAAUAGGUUACUCGAUAUUAAUUUGCCUUCUGAUGCAACUGUUCUUGAUGCCAGCCAAGACAUCGUUGCAGAGAAUGCAGCCAUAGAGAAGGAAGCAGAUAAAAAGUUAUCAAGUUUCAGACAUCAAAUUGACUUGAAUUCGUGUGCCGAUGAGGAUGAAGCUUCUUUUAUACCGAAUGUUCCGAGCAUCGGUGUGAGGAUGACUGGAGGAAUAAUAGAUUUGGAAGCUCCACUCGUUCCUGAACCUGAGGAUGCUAUUCAUGGAGAAGAAUUAUUGGCCAAGGCAGAUGAAUUAACUUUUGAAUCAGCACAAAGCCAAAACGAGUGCCAGCUGCAUGAACUUAUGAAGAGUGCAGCUGAGGCAAUAGUUUCCAUCUCAUCAUCCGUUCAGUAUAUUCAUUUGGAUGAUCUCAAUUGCAAUUCAUCUGAAACUUCUACGAAAGACCCCCUUAAUUGGUUUAUCGAGACAGUUUCCUCUUUUGGCGAGGAUCUUGAGAGCAAGCUCGAGGCUCUUUCGGGAGGUAAAGAUGGGGGUAGAGAGGAAUAUUCCUUAGAAGAGAUCGAUUACUUUGAGUUGAUCAUCUUGGAACUAGCAGAAACCAAGGAAGAAGAUUAUAUGCCCAAGCCUCUGGUUCCUGAAAACUUUAAAGUGGAAGAAACGGGAACGACCUCAUUGUUAACAACACGAACACGGAAGGGCCAAGGGAGGCAACGUAGGGACUUCCAAAGGGAAAUCCUUCCAGGCCUUGUUUCCCUAUCGAGGCAUGAGGUGACAGAAGAUCUUCAGACUUUUGGGGGGAUUAUGAGAGCAACGGGUCGUUCAUGGCAGUCGGGAUCAACAAGAAGAAAUACUAACAGAGGCGCUUGUGGCAGGGGGAGACGACGUUCGGUAACUAGCUCCCCUUUUGCUUCAGCAGCUGCUGCAACUUGCGCACCAUUGAUGCAGCAGCUUCAUAAUAUCAAAUCGGGGCUGGAGGACAGAAGGCUUACUGGAUGGGGGAAGACAACUAGACGGCCUCACAGGCAAAGAUGUCCCUCAGGUAAUCUACCAUCCCUUGCAUUAACCUAAUUACGGUAGCAGGCCUUUUUAUGUAUCGAUCGAGGAUACUAUAGAGGGAACUAGGUCAUUGUUUUGAAUCACAUUUGGGAAGAGCUUAUCACGAUCCCGGGAUUGCCUUUUGUACACAUUUUAGCCUGAAAUCUGGGUAUACUUGAUUGUAUGUCUUCAAGCGGUUACGAACAACUUACACUGUAUAUCAAUAAAAGUUGCAUGAUUUCUUCCAA